AAAAUUUUGCAAUAAAUGACGUGUCUUGUUAUCGUUUUAGUUACAGUUUUCAAGAACUGUUUGGAUUGUUAGAAAUUCUUUUAUAUAAAUGUUGAUUAUAUCAUGUUACAUCGUGACUUAUGAAAGAUCUUCUCACAUUUUUCUAGCUUACUCCAGUCCACUGGAAUCAAGUAAAGAUGAUGACGAUUACCUUCAAGAUGGGUCAGAUGGCGAUUAUAAUGAAGAUGACUACAAUGAAUCGGAAGAUAAGAAACAGUCAACAGUAAGCAGUAUAGAUGUCAAACAAUACAAGACGCAAGGCUACACUGAGAAAGUUGAUGUGGGAAAGUCUAUCAAGUUGAAAUGUUUGGGUGAAAACUUCGAUAGUGACACGUUCUUCAUGUGGUAUAACGAAUCAAGCAUCAUCAUCUCAGGUGAAGUCACUGUAGGAGAAUGGAAAGAUCGGAUAGAAUUCGAGAAGAAAGAUGGUUCUCUAACAAUCAAGAACACAAACCCAUUCGAUGAUGCAACGUUUAGAUGCCGCGCAAUUUUGACUAAGAAUAAAGUCAACUAUGAGACGAUUGUUCAUCUUGAAAUUAACGGCCCACCUCGUGGUAUUAAAAUUGGCCAUAAUGUCAAUACACAAGAAAAUAUUGCUGGUGAAACUUUGGUAUAUAAAGCAGGCCAAAAAGAUUUGAGAUUUAAAUGUCAUAUUGCAAAAGCACGUCCGGAAGCUAAAAUUGUGUGGAUUCAUAAUGGAAAUACGAUCUUAGAUCAAGGAAAAGAUCAUGAAUUGAAAGUUGAUAGUGAGGGACUUCUAAUUGUUAGAACACUUCAUGCUCGUCAUGCUGGUGAUUAUGAAUGUGAAGCAUCAAAUGAGCUUGGAAAUCUCAAAGCAUCUUUCAAGAUUGACGUUCAAUAUGCACCGUUCUUUACGCAUCAUCAAAGUUACUUCAAUGGAGAAGAGUACAACGAUAUUGAAAUUCAUUGUCUGUACAAAGCAUUCCCAGCUCCAAUUUCCGUUAAAUGGCUUAAAGGUAACACAAAGAUUCAUGAAAAUAACAAAUAUAAGAUCGAAAAUGACAUGAGAGAACAUCACGAUCGUACAAAGUUGUUGAUAAAAAAUGUUACUUCGAGUGAUUUCAUGAUGUAUCAAUGUGAAGUUGAGAAUGCACUUGGUACAAGAAGAGAAAACGUUACACUUGGAUUAGGACCAGCACCAGCUAAAUUUGAAGGCUAUAAAUAUAUCAAUAACAUUGUCUACACAGAUUGGAUAAUUAAGAGUCGCCAGCCAUUGACCGAAAUGGAGUUUACAUAUCGUAAUAAAGAGGAUCCAUGGCAACGGAAAAGCGCUCAAAUAACCAACCGUAAUGAAGUUAGACCAGGCGAGUGGAAAGUUCAAGCUUCAUUUAAGAUGGAUGAAGGCGAAUGGGACAUCACGCCAAGAGCUCGAAAUACUGAAAGCUGGUCCGAUGAUAUUUUUGCACAUGUGACUUCAAUUAAAAUUCCCAAAGCUUUUACCGAUCCGCCUCAAAAGAGUUCAACGUUAGAUUCAAUCGAGUCACAGAAUCAGACAAGUUCAGCAUCAAUCAUCAGCAGCACGAUAUGUGGACUCUUAACGAUGAUUUUCCUGCAACGACUUGCUUAAGGCAGUGUGAAAUAAGUUAAAGUAGAGAAACAAAUUGAAAGGAAGAUUAUUGAGAUGAUAACAUCUUUGUGAAUAGUUUGGAUGGAAUCGAAAAGUGUUUAAAAAAAUAACUUUCAUCGUUCAGAUGCUUUGCUAAUUUUAAUUUAUGUGUAAAGUAAUAAGAAGAAAAGAAAACAAAAGUUUAAAGAUGACGAUCUAGAAAAGAAAUCUCCAUAAAAGCCGUAAAAUUGUCUGUUACGAGUCAAAAUAAAAAAUACAUAAAAAAAAUCUGAAUGUUUAAUGAAAAAAAAUGGAAAUUAUUUAUCAUAAAAAUGAACCAUAAAAAUAGAAAUAUUUGGGGGUAGUUUGCAAGUUGAAUAACAAAUUUUCAGACGAAUCUUAGGUAACUUUAAAUCACUCCUGAAAGGAAAUGUCCAAAAUAUAUCUAAAUAUUUAAGUGUUAAAGCAAUGAAAAUUACAAAACUUAUGAACAACCCCCCAUUCAAGAAACCAAAUAAUGAAAGUAUUUCCCUUAUCGCUUACAACUAAAAAAUAACUACGAUAACUAAAUAACUACCUAAAGCAUGAUUGAAUUAAACAAGUUAAAAUUCCGUUCUGAAUUGUGAUUGCUUUUAUGCAACUGCCGUUCUCGAUGAAAGAUCGAAGUAAGAAAAGCUUAACAGUCAUGAUUUAAAAAAAAGAGAAAAAGAAUCUCAAGUUCCAUUUACAGAUCUUUUUCCUUUUUGGCUGUAGAUGUUCUGUAAAAUUUAAAACAUAAAAUAUAGUUUUAAGAUGGUAAAAUUUAAUAAUUAACUUUCUUGUUCUUUAAGGUCUUCAAAGUUUUAAAUAAUUUUAUUAAUUUUAUUUACAAUAAAAGAAAUGUAGAAAAAAAGAGUUGGAAAUGUGAAUAGAUCAUUCUUAGCUGCAAAAUGUUAUGGAAGGAAAGAAUAAUAAAAAGAAAUCCACAAGAAUGCUUUAUUGAAAUUUAAUGAAUUGUGCCUUUAAAAGUGGCCACUCGCGUUUAGAAAGAAAUCAGAAAAGUUUAAUAAAAAAUUUCAAGCAACAGUUUGUCUUAAUAUUCAGUGCAUUAAAAAUUUAAACAAAUUGAAACAUUUUCGAGCGAAAUAUUUUUUGAUGUCAGCAACUUAUUAACAAAAUUUUAUCUCGUGUCCAGGUAAAUUAGUGGAUUUAAUUAUUGAAACAUAACGCGAAGAAAAAAAGCUUAAAUUGAAAAAUGUGAAAUAAAUAAAACUUGAAAAGAAGAA